ACUCUCCAGACACGCCCACACAGCGGAAAACACGGCCAGACUCAAACAUGGCUGAAGUAGAUGAGCUCGAAACCACUUCAGACGGAAUCUUACAGGAGAUUUUCACGUCCCCUUUGAACCUGACCCUGCUCGCUUUGUGUCUUUACCUGCUGUACAAAAUCUUCCGCGGCGACAAGCCGCCGGACGUGGGCCCGGCGGAGCAGCCGCUGCCCAAACUGAAGAAGCGAGACUUCACCCUGGAAGAGUUGAAGCCUUACGAUGGGUUGCGCAGUCCCAGAAUCCUCAUGGCUGUCAAUGGCAAAGUCUUCGACGUGACCAGGGGGAGCAAGUUCUACGGGCCGGACGGUCCAUACGGCGUGUUCGCCGGCAGGGACGCGUCCCGAGGCCUGGCCACCUUCUGCCUGGGUCAGGAGGCCCUGAAAGACAAGCACGACGACUUGUCCGACCUGAGCGCCGCGCAGCAGGAGAGCCUCUCCGAGUGGGAGGCGCAGUUCACGUUUAAAUACGACUACAUCGGCAAGCUGCUGAAGCCCGGCGAGGAGCCGACGGAGUACACAGACGACGAGGAAGGGAAGGACAAGAAAGCAGACUAAAGAAUGCCACGCGCAUGGUAGCGGUGUGGAAAAGGACGCGGAU